AUGGGUAUCUUAAAUGACAGGAACAGGAUAGAAUUCGAAACAGCGAAAACGCUAAUAGGUUUAUGUCUUUUAGUUUAUAGCUCAUCCUUACAGCCAAAUUAUGUUGAACACGAUUGCCUACAAGGGGUCUGGAAAAUGGAAUCAACUGUCCCUCAAAACGAAAUUUCUUCUGAUGAUGUUAUAUACACUUUUCAUGCCACUUUGCAUGCUGGGAUACAUGUUCACUCCCCCCAACCGACUGGGAAAGAAGAUGGAGACUCCCCUGUGCAAGCUCAUGAGCCAGGCGUCUUAUGUCCUGUGUUUCUUGUUUUUGCUGGCAAUGUCGGCCUUCCAAGAUAAAUAUGACUCGUUCUUGAGCUUGACACCACUAAGUGAGUUUCGAAUACAACUCUAUUAAAGCCACUUUGUCCUGCUAUUUGCUAUGUUUUUCAAAAGCUAAUUAUUUUUUUCGCUCCAACUGAACUCCAAAAAUAGCGGUCCAAUUUUUUUUUUCCGCUUAAGACUAGUCUAGUAUAUUUUGCAUUGAAACUGUUUCUUGUCGUCUGUUAUAACAGAUUAAAAGGAUGGACUUGGAAAAUUUCACCAAAAAAUAUUAUGGUUAGUGCUCCUCGGUGAACUGAUUUCUUCAUAACUCUGAAGAAACAUUUUGUGUAUGGGUCAAGGCACUAGUAAUGAAGUCAACUCCUGAGAAUUGAGCUAAAACAGCAAUUAAUCCUUGAGACAAAACCCCCUAAAAAUCUGUCUUAGCCUUUAAGCAAGCUUUUCGUUGGAGAAACGAAAAAUUCGUCAACCAAGGAACCAACGACUCUCGAGAUUUCUCAACAGAGAGCUUUUUCCUAUACGCGCUAAGGAAUCGUGCGCCGGAACACUGACGACUUCGUACAACUUCAUAGAGCCAAAUAUCCUCAAAUUCUUAUACUCUUCUCUCCUGUUGACAGUUAAUCACAUGGCGUCAUCUCAGUGAAGAAUGCCGAUCUAUAAAGGCGGAAACCAAACUUGGUUUGAAGAUAGGAGCUUCGCCGCUCGUUCGCGCGCGUUUUUGCGGCUUCGCCGCUCAGUAGUGCUCCUGACAAAACCGGCAUGCUACGCAGGCUUGAUGAAUAAUAGCUUAGUGUUUUCAAAGGGUUUGCAAUCCACCUCCUCUACAAAAUGCAAUAAUUGAAAAGGUAAACAAGUUUUAGUACUUGCUUAACCCCUCAUUUGCGGAAUGAAUUAAGAGAACUAAACGAGACAUAAUAGAACUAACCUCGAAUUAUCACUAAAUGUUCCAUAUUCCAAAACAAAUACGUUCUCUAACUUCCUUUGCGUUAGCUCUGAAAUGGGGUCGUUUCUGUUUAAAAAAACUACAGAACAUCAUUAGGGUCUAAUUUAGGCCAUCUCAGUUUGGCAAUCACUAUUGAUUUUAUUUGAACCCACGAGCGUGGAUGAGUCCAGAUUAGCUUGGAACAGUUCGUGAUAGAGUUACGUUCGUUUAAAUUAUGCUUAAUAAGUCAAGCAGGAAUAUUUAUUCAUUUACUUGAUUUAUUAUUUAUCUAUUUUUAUAGCUGUUAUUAUUGGUAUCUGGGUGGUUGGUAUAAUCGUCCAAGAAAUAAAGCAAGCCAUGUUUCAAGGCAUGUAACGAUAUCUCGGUGGGUGGUUGCACCUUGCGGUCAUACCCAUGAUUCUUAGCUACGUUCUUGCCGCUGUAUUAUGGAUCGUGGGCUACACCUCUUUAGCAAGAAAUUCUGGUGAUUGGACUGUGUCUCUUAGCAAGCUAGAGGAUGCCUCUUCAAUGGGCCCGUAUCAUCUCUUGCUGCUAUCAAGCAGUUUCUACGCAUUUGCAGUGCUUCUAACAUUCUUUGAAGCCUCGCAUCUUCUCCAAGUUGACUCUACUUUGGGGCCGCUGCACCUGUCCCUUAUGAUGAUGACCAAGGAUAUUGUCAGAUUUUUCGCGCUCUUUGCCCUGAAUUUUUGCGCGUUUGUUCUUGCCAUGUGGAAACUGUACUCUCAGUACGUGCAGACUUCGGCACAAGUUGCCAAGAGCAGGAACGACACUAUCACAUCCCACCCUUUUGAAAGGUAGGAAACAGAGACAAUGUACAUCUAAUUCCAAAAUAAUGGCAAUAUAACCUUUCCCACGCUCCUGCCUUUCCUUUUUUGGUAUGUUAAUUAACACUGUUUGUCUCGAUUACUUCUGCCGAAUAACGUUUCUCCUUAAACUUUACACUGAUGGCCACUUAUCAUAAGAUAAAUAAAAAAAGAUGCUUUCAUUUUUAUUGAUUUUCAAUAUUAAUCAAUUAACUGUUAUUGAUUUUUAUUGACUAUUAUUGAUGUUAUUGAUUAUUGAUUGUGCUUGAAUGGUAUCGCCGAGAACAAACGCAUCGGCGUUGAAAUCCCUGCAAUGUUUACGUUUCAUCACAGGAAAGAGUCAAAGAUACCGAAACUAAGAGAACUAUUGAAUGGCAAGGAGGGUAGAGAAGAUAAAGAGGCUUAGAACACAGUAUCAUUUUCGUAUAUCAUUGUACAAAGCUGUUGACAAAAACUUUAGAGAUUACUCGAUUGAUGUAAUGUUACUGUAUUUUAGUUUUGCUUAAAUUGUUCCUGUGUACUGAUAAUAUCGUUAUAUCGGGAAGGUUUUGCGUUCGUUCCGCUGAAUUCUAAUUAAAUCGGGAAUAUCGUUGUAUCGGGGUUCUGUUUCAUGCAUUUUACUGUAACUCUUGCGGGAACAAACGUUAUUAACCUGGAACAUCGUUAUAUCGAGGAUCGUUAAAUCGCGGUUCCACUGUCAUGUGAACUAACAGACAGUUUGUACGUGUUCUUUUAACAGAAUCGAGGGAACCGUGGACACAUUGUUUUGGGCAUUGUUCAGACAUGUCGAAUUUUCUGCUUUUAAAACGGACGAGAACUCAGAGAUUACCAUGGUUACAGGACAGAUUUUGUUCGCAGUAUACAGCCUCGCUUCCAUACUGGUUGUACUAAACCUACUGAUCGCUAUGCUCAAUAACUCAUACAAGAAGGUUGAUGUAAGUGCAAUGUUGUGUCUACACAAAUCGGUUUAUAAUACAAUUGUAAAACGCAUACAAACUAACGUGACAACGGCUGGGUCACACGAGAACAGUAUAAUUGAUACUGCGCCAACAUCCCUUUCUACCAAAAGAGGAUAAAGGGGACAGAGAAGGCAUCCCCCAUACACACCCUAUCCCAUAGGUAAUUCGUCUAGAGUUAUUUUUAGUAUCGGGAUAAAGUUACCUCGCGCGCUGCGUGGAUGUUUCGCGGAGGUUUCGCACGACUAAACACCGUGCAAAACAUGUCGGGCGAAAGGCAAUGACAGCGUAAAGAGAUCGAGAGCAUUUCUGAAUAUUGAAGCGAAAUGAGUCGGCGCUCAUCUGGGAAAAGGGAAUCGCUGCACUCUUUGACAACCCGUGAAAUCAGUUUAACUCGAAGUUGUCGUAACCUCAGUGCUUUAAUAAAAUGAGAAAUUUCGCCGGUCUAUUGAAACCGGUCGUUUGUAUAAUAAAGCAAGUAGGACGCCAAAUGUUAUUUUCGUUAAAUAAUAAAAGACUAAUAAAAGAAUAAAUAUCAAACCAGAAAUUGUUCUCUUCAAACUGUAAAUUAUAAAUGAUCCCGAGACAAUAUUCAGUGUGUUAAGGAUUUCCCUGCUGUACUGUUAGCUCUAUACAAGAGAGGAAGAGCGAUUCUUUUUUAAUUUCCGUUUCGCUGACACAGCUUUAGAAGAAAUCUCUCUUUAGUCGUUUUCUUCGACAAAACAAAUAGCAAUAUCGCUCUCCGCGUCUUCCGCCAUUUUUUUCUGCGUCAAUUCGCGAAGGACGCGUGGCUCUGAGCGCGGGUCAUCCACGCGGAACACAUUCGCGCUAUGUGAUUGGCUAGAACAACGUGAUUGGCUGUUGUGAUUGGCUGUUGUCUAAUCCCCCCUUGAGAUCUAUGGUCUUAAAAAUAACUAGACACGAAUUACCCAUGGAAUAGAGUGUGUAUGGGGCUAUUGCUUUCCACCCAUAAAAGGAGAAGUUUGCAUGUAAUAUCACACUGACACGUACAUACAUAGCAUAGGUAAAUAUUGCAACCGUGAAAAUAACAAUAAUAAAGAAAAGUGAUUAGCUUACGAAAGGAUAAGAAAACCUAUCAUAAGGACUUUUGUUUUAUGGCCAUCGGAGUGGCGUGACGUAUCGUAUGCUAGUCAACAUACAUUUUAAAAAGUGAUCUAAAGUGACCGUUAGAGAUUAUGACGAGAGUAUUUACACAAAAUUUACAAGGGGUUGGGAAUGAGAUUAAGAAUUCAAAAUUCUCAGUGGGCUUGUAUAUGUCAGAGGGUUAAAACUUUGGCCGGACUUCAGCCCACGCCAAAACUGAACGCCUUCUCAUUUUAAAAGUGAUUUGCGUUCUGAAGUAUUCUGAAAUAAACUGAGCUUAAUACUGUGUGAUAAAUGAUAUCAGGUAUAUUACGUCUGAAGAGAUUUAAUUCAGUCGCUUCCAAAUCCCAGCAUGUUUAUAUUACACAGUGCAGUUUUCUUAUACAACACUCGCUGGAGAUCGAUACGACAUCUAGAUCUGAAGAACUUUGCCUUAAAAUUACCUUGAUGGUAAAAGUAUUUCAUACCUCUAUAUUUGCCUUCUUUUAGAAAGAGAAGGGCACUAAAUUCAAGUUUGCGAGGACGCGUAUCUGGAUGUAUUACAUCAGUAAAGUCAGUCCUCUCCCACCGCCAUUUAACCUGAUACCAGUAGAAAAAAUUGCCUCCGCAGUCCGUUGGCUUGCUAGAAGAUACAAUUGGGUUAAAAAAGUAAGUAAGUAAGUAAGUAAGUAGCAAAGCCUCACUGCAUCUACAUGAAAUAAUGAUUUCAAUGCUUAAAAAUUAAAAAAGAAUUAAUUUUUUGGUGAAAACUAAAAGCAAAUAUGGACUCGAACCAAGAUCACAAGAUUUUAAAUCUACUAAAUACGGGGUGUUCCAAAAGUUCGUUCCCCUAAUUUCAUGCGCAAUAACUUUUGAUCAAAACUUUUAUUUUUACAUGAAAUUUCUCAAAUAUAAUUAUUACUCUAUCGAGUACUUGUGUUGAGAAGUUCAGUUACUGGCAUUCCCCCUUUGUUUUGUUUUGUUGUUUUUUUUUUAACACGCCCUAUAACCGUUGCGGCAUUAAGUGAGAUAAGCCAUGUAGCGUGUAGAGCCCUAGAUGACUCGUUUUGAGCUUUUUUAUCACCUAGUAUGCGGGAGUCACUUCGACCCCCAAACAAUAUAAUUUUUUAGAUUAGGCAGCUGAAACAAUAUAUUUUGGGCAUUGAUCCAAGAAAAGAUGAUCAUUCCGGCCCCUUUCCACAGUAAGGCUUUUGCUCUUCUUUACAAAUUUGAGACGAGUUGAACGUUGCUUGGCGGACGGCCUUGGCAGGGAGUAAAAUUUUUUUUUGCUAUCUCAGGGGUCUCCAAACUUUGCUUUUCAUGAACCUGCUCCAGACUUAACUUGCUAA